AUGGUCCAUCUCUCUCGCGUCCAGACCGGCCUCGAGGGCCCAAAGGCCGAGCAGUCCACCACCAGCGCCGACAAACUCCACCACAAGGCCUCGCAGCUGCAUCUCGCCGACUAUAAUGACGACUUUACCACGUCCGUCUAUGGCUCCCGCUUCGCCCGCGAAGACCUGCCCAAGAACAGCAUGCCCGAGGGCGAGAUGCCCAAGGAGGUGGCCUACCAGAUGAUCAAGGACCAGCUCAGCCUCGACGGGAACCCCAAGCUCAACCUUGCUUCUUUCGUCUCGACCUACAUGACACAGGAAGAAGAAGCUCUCAAGCUCAUGACGGACGCAUUUCCCACCAACUUCAUCGACUACGAAGAGUAUCCCUACACUGCCGACAUCCAGAACCGCUGCGUCAACAUGAUUGCCAAUCUAUUUCACGCGCCCUCUGACGACGCCAUUGGCACCUCGACCGUCGGCUCCUCCGAGGCCAUCAUGCUCGCCGUCCUCGCCAUGAAGCGCCGCUGGAAGCAAGCCCGCCAGGCCGCCGGCAAGCCCUCCGACCGCCCCAACAUCAUCAUGUCGUCCGCCGUUCAGGUCUGCUGGGAAAAGGCCGCCCGCUACUUUGAGAUUGACGAAAAGUACGUCGACUGCGCCCGUGAUCGUUUCGUCAUCGACCCCGCCACCGCCGUCUCCCUCGUCGACGAGAACACCAUUGGCAUCGUCUCCAUCCUCGGCACCACCUACACCGGCCACUACGAGGACACAAAGGCCAUCAACGACCUACUCGUCGAAAAGAACAUUGACUGCCCCAUACACGUCGACGCGGCCUCGGGCGGCUUCGUCGCUCCGUUUGUCGUUCCGGAUCUGGAGUGGGAUUUCCGCCUGCCCAAGGUGGUCUCCAUCAACGUCUCUGGUCACAAGUACGGCCUCGUUCACCCCGGCGUUGGUUGGGCCGUCUGGCGCUCUUGCGAGUACCUCCCCAAGGAUCUCAUCUUCAACAUCAACUACCUCGGCGCCGAGCAGUCUUCCUUCACCCUUAAUUUCUCCAAGGGCGCCUCUCAGGUCAUCGGCCAGUACUACCAGCUCAUUCGCCUUGGCAAGCAUGGCUACCACGCCAUCAUGAGCAACCUCAUCCGCACCGCUGACCACCUCGCGGCCGGCCUCGAGGAGCUCAACUUCGUCAUCAUGUCCGAAAAGUCGGGCGAGGGCCUGCCCCUCGUGGCGUUCCGCUUCGCCGAGGGCGACGAGCGCGGCGCCAUUGCUGACCGCGUCUUUGACGAGUUUGCCCUCGCCGCCCACCUGCGCGCCCGCGGCUGGAUCGUCCCCGCCUACACCAUGGCCCCCAAGACAAACAACCUCAAGAUGCUGCGCGUUGUCUGCCGCGCGGACUUUUCCCGCAGCCGUGCCGACGACCUCAUCUCCGACAUCAAGCUGUGUCUCAACCUGCUCGCCACAUUGGACAAGGAGUCUAUGGAGCGCGCCAAACAGUACGUGCGGCAGCACGUCUCGUCGCACGGCAAGAAGAAGCACGAGCACUCGCCACACGAGUACAAGAACGAGGAGCACUCCCUGCAAGGCAAGACGGGCAAGACACACGCCGUCUGCUAA